GGCAUUUUCCUCCCGGCCCGAUACUACGUGGGCCGUGUCUUGACGAUGAUCUGGCCCCCUAUCGCCUUGGCUGGCUUGUGCAGAUAUGUGGACUUGGUCGAUGCUUCAUGCAUUUGCAGGGUACCAUUCAGUCUUUCUGUGGGAGCGGACUCGUACAUCUUGCAUUUGAAGCCAGGCGACCGCCAGAUUCAUCAAUUGCGUAAUCUCGAGACCCUUGAGGAGAAAGUUUCUGGCCUGUCUGAAGCAACAAAGUUCCAAGCAUAACAUCAAGCAUAAAGCAAGGCACCACAAGCGUGAAAUUCAAGCAGGGGCACCUACACAAAAAAAAAAGUUGAGCGUGCAGGCUCCAAGCAUUGCCGAGCCCAACUGCCGGCGAACCAUACCGCGAGCGUCGCAGCCCGCGGCUGUAUCGCUGCUACUCCG